UGUGGUGUCUAUUUUUUUUUCAGUUGCUUUGUGGGACCCCAACAAGUUCCCCUUCCAGACACUUUCAUUAAUCCAUCAUUUCAAGUUGCUCAUUAUCUAUGGUGAGUUGGAAAUGGCUUAAAUGUUUUAGCACCAUUUUUUCAUACAUCCAUGCUUUAAUGUGGUAUGUGUUGUGUUAUUGAGGAAGUCUUUCAUUUAUAUCAAUUCCAAUCUUGUGUUUUGAAUUCUCAAUUAUCAUCAAUUAUCAAUGUCAGCAACCCGGCCAACUCUAAGUAAUAUGGAAGAAAAAACACUUAAUUACAUUUGCAAAAAAAUCAAUCUUUUUAAGCCAAUGGGAGCUUAUUCUCAGUGUUUGCUCUGAAAAAUUUUCUAGAAUAUCAAGUUAAUGUGCUUUACCAAGUUAGUCUGCUUUACUCUGGCUCGAAAGGUACGAGACCAGGUUGGGUCAUUAAGUGGUGUUCCUGUGCAGAACACUUUACUUUCACAAUGCACCUCUCCACCCAGGAGUAUAAAUAGGUACAUGCAAAUUGUUAUGCAACCCUGAAUGGAAUGCUGGGGGGUACUGGUGUAAUUGACUAGCAUCCUAUUCCCACAGGAGUAGUUGUUCUCCUUGUCAUGUCCUGCAAAGGAAACCAGCUGACCCCAGCUUAAGAUUCAGUGCUAUUUUGUCCAACAUGGUUAAAAGUAAACUUAUUUCUUUUCAGGGUAAUUAAGUAUUAUCAACUGAGUUGAUAAUGUAAAUUGGCCACUGUAAAGAGUUUAAAAACUUUGAAACCCUUUAUGGUGGCCAAUUUAUGUUAUCACUACUCAUUUAAUAAUACUAAAUUACCCUCUCCCACCAAUGCAGCACCACAGUUUCUUUAGAAACUUACCCCAUUAUUUCUUUUCAGGCAAGGAAAAACAACCCAAGUAAUUAAAGAACUUGACAAAGUACACAAGCCAUCAUACAUUUUGGCAACACCACAACACACUUUGUAUAUAUCAAGGUAUAAACCUUAUUCUGACUCACUGGUGAAGGGCUACUGUUUCACCAGAGGUGAUCUUUGAAAAUCAAGAUGUCUUAACUAUUUUUGCAUUUUAUAUACAUCCAGUCUUGACAUAGACACAUGAGAUAUAAUACUUACCCAGUUAUCAUUUCUAGAAUGGCUCCUUCUCAUUCAGGGUAGCUGAAAUUAAGGCUGAAAAUUGUUCAUUGGCAACUGACUCUUAGUUCACUGACAGAAAAAGUUAAUGACAUGUUAAGGUAGACAAUUAAUGUAAUUACUUUAUUCUUCUAAUGUCGUCUUGUCAUUUUUUUACCUUCAUUGCCUGAAUUCAACAUCAGCUUUUUACUUGACCAGGUAAAUAACUAUUGAUCUCUCCUCUUCAUUAUCACACCUCAGAAAAUGUAAUUUAUUUUAGACUGUAGCUUUAGUAUUUUUUUAACUGUGUCACCCAGCUUUUUCCUGUUGCAAAUUUCCUGUUGCAAAUUUAAAAACUUCCACUCAGGCUGUUUAACCUUUUGACCAUUAAAUGUGAUUAACAUCUAGUUUCCCCUUUCCCUACUAACCCUGAAUCAAACAUUGAGGUCAUGAGAAUAAAGGAAAUGAUCACCAACUAAAGAAGCUCUUUAUUGUUGCACCAAUUCCCCUUGAAAUGUGUAAAGAGCAGUAUCAAGAAUAAGCAUACUGAUGUUAGGGUAGAAAGGGUUAAAAAUUGAAACAGGAUGGCCUUAUACUCUAAAUUGAGAGGUACAGCUUCACUCCUGGCUGGAUCAUUGUAUUUAUUCACAGGCAGCUGACACUUAACCCUUUGAUCCCAAAGAGAAACUAAUAUCUAAAUUCUCCAAACAAUAUAUCACCCCUGAAUGAAACAUGAAGGUCAGGAGAAUGUAGGAAAUGAUCACCAAUUUAAGAAGCUCUUGAUUAUUUGACAUGUCCUCCCUAAGUAAUGUAUAGAGAACAGUAUGGAGAAUAUACAUACUGAUGUUAGGGAGUAAAGGAUUAACUCUCACAAUGCCUCUCUCCACCCAUGAGUAUAAAAUUAACAUAUGUGUACCAGUAACCUGUUUGGGGACUUGACAAGUUGCAAGGCAUUUAAGGUGGGAUCGUAAGACUUGUAUCCUGUGAUGGUCUCUAGUCAAAGUGGAGGACAAGUCAUUUCUUGCUAAUAAGGUAGCUUUAACAUAGUUAUGGUUGACUUUUUUGUCUUUUUUUUUUGGUAUGUUAAAUGACAGGUUUUGUAUGUGGUAGACACUAGACAGAUAGGAAGCCCUGCUGUCACUUUUACUCAAGGCCAUGGGCUUGAUGGUCCAUGGGGAAUGGUUGCUGGUAAGAAGCGGGUCAAAGUUUUUAUUACAAGAAUUAUUGAUGAAACAGUUUGAAUGAACCUCAAGGAGCUGUUGAACUGUCCAUAAUUUUACUCUACAUUUCAGAUAUGAAAUGAUAUGACAUUAGUCAUACAGAGGUUUAGGUAUGCACCUAAAAAUUCACACACUCACUCACACACACCAUUCUGAUCUGUUACACAACUAAUUCAUGCAUCAAUCAUGGAUCAAAUUCAUUAUUUUAAUCAUUAGGGAUGGUUUACAGUAUGAUUCUUAUAAACACAUAGGUCAGGGCAAGCUGGUGUUUACAGUUGCUGAUUGUUUUUUUACUUAUUUCUCUUUUCAGAUGAUGAGUACUUGUAUGUUGCAAGUUUCACAACAGAUCAAAUACACAAGUAUGAUUUAACUACAAGAAGGUAAUUGACUAUAAACAACAUGAGCAAUAAGAGAAGAAAUGUGACCCAGCAUGAAAACAUCUACUGUAGGAAUUAGGUUGAUGCUUACAUGUACCUCAUUACAACAAACAAAAAGGAAUCUGAUAACUCCUCCUGUGUGCACAUCUUCUUUUUUCCCCAUAAUUGUCCAAGUUAUCAUUUUAUUACAAUGUACAUUAUGUUUUCUUCACAUGGUGUAGAUAUGGCUGAAACAUGGUGGGCCAUAACACAUGACUGAGCAUGCUCAAUUUUUGUUUGUAUUCUUUAUGUUUUCUGUUUUCUCAGUGCAUAUCACAUGGUGUAGAUAUGGAACAUGCUGGGCCAUAAUACAUGACUGAGCAUGCUCAAGUUUUGUAUGUAUUCGCUAUGCAUGCUGUUUCUCAGCCAGGGCAUAAGCUUUCCUAUGUCACACCAACUGCUCUACCAUCUACACUUUACCCACGAGCUCAAUAACCUUUUCCCUUCACAUGGUUUAAUGUAAGACUUCAAUUAGAAAAGACAAAUUGAAUACUCUGCUGACAUGCCCUGAACUUUUGUGACUUUUGUAGGUUUGUAGGUGCCUUUGGUAAUGAGAGUUACCUUGACUGUCCAGAGGGGAUGGCCAUAGGUCCCAACAACACUAUUUAUGUUGCAAGCUUUCUUAAUGAUAAAGUUGUUAAAUUCUCUAUACCUGAUGGAAAAUUCUUGGGUGUGGUAAGUCAUUUUUUUUGUAUGUUAAAAUGAACAGGUUUAAAGUGCUUUUUCCUUUCAGUGGUAAAUAAGAAUUAAAAAGGUGGCUAUAUUUUUUAUUCUUUGUAGGUAGCUGAUAAAAGUCAUGGUCUUAAGGGGUAAGAAUGACAAUAUCCAUGUUAACAAUGCUUAGAGUACUUUAAGUUCAUUUACAGAACCAAGGCUUGUUUAAUUUCCUUUUUUCUGUCACCACUGACUGAAAAAUCACAGCCUUAACUAGUUGUACAACUGUUAGGGUGAAAAAAAAAAAGAGAAGCUCUUGACUGUGUAUAGUUAUCAUUAUCUUAGUUUUGAUCUGAGUGGAAAACCAUAAGAAGUUUGUUUGGUAAUGUGUGGCUAAAUUUCAUCCCAAGCUUCUCAACAGCAUCCUUUCAUGGAUUGUGAAGUAUAGUUCCUUGAUAAGUUAUUUGUGCGUGGCUGUUUCCAGGAUCAUGCACACUUGUAAGACACUAACUCUUGUGUUAGCUGACAACAAGGUAUUUGACAGCUAUGUUUGAUUUCCAGGCCUGAAGAUGUUGCAUUCUUAAAGGAUGGCACUCUCCUCAUCUGCAGUCAUUACACCGACAAUGUGUUAAAACUCAAUUCUUCCACAGGUGACCUCAGUUUCGUGUUAAUCAGCCUCUACUGAUGUGAUGUUUUUAGCAGUUGUAGAAGAAUAUUGAUAGUUGCUUUCUACUGUACUGCAGGUGAACAGCUUGGUGUGUUUGCCACAGUGGAAAAACCAGUUGGUUUGACUGUUGGAUCUGAAGAGUAAGACCUCCCCAUACCCCUACCACUCUUUUGUUUUUUCAUCUCUCCUCAUUUCCAGCACUCCCUUCAUCUUUCUUCCAUUCUCUCAAAUAGUGUACUUUCUCAUCCCAUUUCUUCACAUGCGCUCCUCUUUUCUAGUCUUUUUGGAAUCGAAUUUGGCCGGAUGUGGUAAUUCACCACUCCUCUAGGUUAGAUGUUGAAGUUCCUUUAUUGAAUGGACGAUUCUUUAGGGAAACGAUGAUUAACUCCAUUAUUUUCCGUUGUCUUUUGAAACUGCAGCAAUGUCUACGUGACGAGCUAUGUUUCAAACAGCAUCCUUCGAUUUGAUGGACAAACAGGUACUAACUAUCUUGUGUUGUAAUCCUUGAGGCUCACAGAUUUCCUCGAACUCCGCUCUCGGAAAACUGUUCUCAUCUUGGAACAGAAAAUGUCCGCGGACGGGUGCAUAUUUUCGCGCCAAAUGGAAGCUAUUAUCUAUCUAUAGAGAGCAUCAAUUUUUAUGGUCUGGAGCAGCAGAUUGUUUUUAAGACCGUGAAUUAUUCAAUAAAAUUAUAUAUUUGGAGGGCAGGGCUAUAUGCAUAGGUGGCGUAGCAGGGGAGCCGUAUAGCUCCCCCAGAUAAAAAAUUUGGGUGCCUUACUUCCCCCCCCCCUCCUCUCCACGUUUUGGUGCCGAAAAUAUCGCUAAAAAUUGGCAAAACACUCAGUCUCGUGAUCUUUUCACAAAUCUUUUUAUCAGCAUCAUGCAUGGCGAAGUAAUACAUUAUAAAACCUUUUUUGAACAGCUGCGACCUGUGUUCGAGAAGCUUAUCAACUGCAGCAAUUGUCCAUGAAACUAGAUAGCGUGUCGAGGAAAUUAGGCAUGAUUCAAUUUUAUCUGUGGGGAUGCGAUCGAAUGCUAAGCUGAAAGAUUUUAAAACUCAACCUCCAACAGCCGUCUUCCAAUCCCCUCACCAAUUCGAAAACUUCACAGAAAGAAUUGAGGUGAUUAUACACUAAACAGCUUCAUUUCCUGUUUACCUUAGGUAAUUUUAUUGACGUUUAUGCGGCUGGUGGCGGCUUGGAAGGACCGUCCAGUGUCAGGUAACUAAUUAUACCUUGAGUGUAUACUUAAUAUGUGUUGGUCACCGAGUUACAAUGACCUUAAGAGAGGUUGUGGACUUCUGAAGUAAUCCUCUGAUCAGCAACGAGUUCAAUUCAUUUUUACGUGGACGACUGACCGCAUUGUUUUUCCUCAACUGAAUGCCUGUUAUUUUGUUCUGUUUUUUCUUUCGACCAUUGUCGUAAUCAUCAUCCCUCUGUCACUUUGUUACAAAUUGUUUUUGAUUAUAUCAUUAUCACUUUUAUUAGUUUGUUGGUGGUUAUUUCAUUGUUAUUUCUUUUCAUAUCUUUUCCUUCUGUCACUUCUAUUGUUACCGACGUUAUAACCAAAGCUCUUGUUCUUCUAUAACUGAACUAUUCUUGACGUUAAUUCACUUUAACUAUUCAAGUUCUUCUCGUUCUGCUGGUUUGGUUUCUUUUCUUAAAAGUAAUUUAUCCUACCUCACGUUCCGCUUACAAAAUAACCUUGGUAAAAAGUAUGGCACACACCCCGUUUUACUUUCAUACUUCACUCACCGUUGCCCUUCCGUUGAAUCGAAUUGUUUCGUUUUGAACAGUUUUGCAGAUCUUCGUACACUGUAUGCAGCCAGUUAUGACAGCGAUAGGGUGGUGUUAUAUAACAGUACUACGGGACUUACUUAUACAUUGCCUGGUAAACGCAACGAGCAUCCGGGAGACGGUAUGUCUUUCAUG